UAGUUAAUUUAUAAUCUGUGGCGGAUGGUUCUGUGCGGUGGAUUUUGAGUUAUUUUAGAAAAUAAUAUUUAAUUAUUUUAAAAUAAAACCACUAUUUCCAGCUUUGGAUAUUGUUUAACAGGUGUUUGGUGUUGCUCAAAAAUAUACUUAAAACUUACAAUUAAUUAUUUUUUAAAAUAAAGAAGUUAUGGCUGAUAAAAAAAAUUUAGUAAAGAUUGGCAUCAUAGGAGGGUCAGGGUUAGACGAUCCGAAUCUGUUUGAGAACCCUGUGGAGAGAGAUGUGACCACACCAUUUGGGAAACCUUCAGAUGUGCUGUUGGAAGGGUUCAUCAAGGGCGUCCCUUGCGUCCUGUUGGCGAGACACGGUAGGAAACAUCAGCUUCAGCCAUGCGACAUCAACUACCGCGCCAACAUGUGGGCGCUGCGGCAGGCGGGCUGCACGCACGUGCUCGCCACCACCGCCACCGGCUCGCUGGUGCACCACUACCAGCCGGGCGACCUCGUCGUGCUCGACGACUUCAUUGAUAGAACAUGGGGUCGUUCGUGCACGUUUUACGACCGCACUGAGGGCGGGCCGCGCGGCGUGUGCCACCUGCCCAUGCGGCCCGCCUUCUGCGAGAGAGCACGCCGGGCGCUGCUGACGGCGGCGCGCGAGCACGGCCACGUGUGCCACGACACCGGCACCGCCGUCACUAUACAGGGCCCGCGGUUUUCUAGCCGCGCCGAGAGCCUGAUGCACCGAAUGUGGGGCGGACAUGUGGUCAAUAUGACCACAGUUCCAGAGGUGGUGCUGGCGAAGGAGGCGGGGCUGAGUUACGCGGCGGUGGCGCUCGUCACCGACUACGACUGCUGGCGGGAGAACGAACAGUCGGUAUCGGUGAGCGAAGUACUGGAGAUGUUCGCGCGGAACAUCAAGAAAGCCAUCGACGUCAUAGUGGGUGCCGUGCAGAUACUGGCGGCCGAGGAGGAUUACUCGUACUUGGAUGUUCAUAAGGAACUAGUCGAGUCAGCAGUGAUGCUCAAAGAGUAGAUCAAGCAUUUCCAAAGAACAACAAGAAUUUAAAAAUAGUUUUAAGUGAAAAUGUAUUUACCAAAUCAUGUGUAUUCCCAAAAUAAAACACAUAAACUGCG